AUUAUAAUUAAUAUUCUGUUGAAAGAUCACAAUAACAGAAAAUGCUGGACAAGGCGUACGACAUGUGCCGGCAAUACCUGAGCGGACAAUGGGAUCACAUCACCAAAGAAGAGAUGGUGUUUAAAACAAUCAGGCAUGCGUUGCUGCGACUGUACGGACCCAUGACUACAAUCCCGGGCGACGACUAUAAGGUAACCGAUAGUCUCAUAACAAUGCUAUUGUCUGAACGGGGUUUGGGUCCCAAACUGUACGGUGUAUUCCCCGGCGGCCGACUCGAGGAGUUUAUUCCCUCCCGUACAAUGGAGGACCGAGAGCUCAGAGAACCCAAAUUCAGGGCCAUUAUAGCCAAAAAAUACGCUCAAAUACACCAACUGGAUGUGCCUAUUGAUAAACACCCCGAUGUUUUAUUUAAAACACUCGAGCAAUACCUCGACACAAUACGCAACCACAAGGCCAGCCCUCAAGACACAAACCCAUGUCCUAACCCGGAACUCGAGCGGGAACUCCUGGCCUACGACUAUCGCCGAGAGCUACUAUGGCUGAGACAAGUGCUACCCGAAUGCGGGUCACCCAUAGUGUUCACUCACAACGACCUGACAGCGGGUAAUAUACUAAUACCGGACGACCCCAUGGCCUACGAGGACGGCCUACUGUUCAUUGAUUACGAGUUCGCCGCCUAUAACUACCGGGGUUUUGAUUUUGGCUGCUUUUUCGCUCAAGCACAGUUUGAAUAUUUCACACCCGAUUACCCGUACUUUAGGGUAGACUUUGACGCCUAUCCGACCGAUGAGGAGAAGCGACACUUUAUGUGCCAUUAUAUCAAACAUUCACCCGAUUUGAGCGCCGGGAGGGAAACGGAGGACCAGUUGAUCAAAGAGUGUGACUGUUUUGCACUCACAGUCUAUCUGUUUUGGGCCCUUUGGAAUAUAGUUAAACUCAGGACAUCACUCUUGCGCUAUUCUUAUUGGGAGGACUCGAAAGCUAAACUAAUCGCUUAUCACAAACUCAAAGAUUAUGUCAUUAAGAAAUAUAAUUUUAAUAAUUAA